AUGACUAGUAUUCAACAAUAUAAAGUUCUUUCUCAUAUUGGAUGUGGAUCAGAACACCUUGUGUAUAAAGCUUAGUUUAGUUAAAAUUCUGAAUUAUAUGCAGUAAAAAUUGAAAAAUCUCCCAGAGUUGGCUAAUUGGAGAAUGAGAUAAAAAUGUUGUAAAAAUUAAGUGGAGUUGAAGGAGUUCCACAAAUAAAAUAGUGUGGAUUAACUAAUGAUAACAAGUAAUAGAUAAAUUAUUUAAUUAGAUUCUUUUUGAUUGUACCAUUAUUGCAUAGUAGUUUACUAGAUUUAGCCAAGUCAAGAACGCUAUCUUUGCACGUAAUAAUGACUAUUGGCUUGAGAGUCAUAGAAAUUUUGGAAAAAGUUCAUAAAAAUAAUAUAUUACAUCUUGACAUAAAACCUGAAAAUAUCAUGUUGUCUCAUCUAAUAUCAAACGAUCAAUAAUUCUUUUAGCCCGGAUUGAUUUAACUGAUUGACUUUGGAUUAUCACAGUAAUUCUUAGAGAAUUCAGAGACUUUGAAAGAUGUGUUUAUUGGAUCUAUAAAUUUCGCAAGUAGAUCCUCACACUACGGAAAACCUCUUGGGUAUAAAGACGACCUGGAAAGUGUAUUGUAUUUAUUAUUUUACUUAAAAGACUGUAAUUAAUAAUUUUAUAUUGUUAGCGAAAUUGCCAUGGUCGGAGAAACAAUUUUGGGGAUUUAAAGAAGUUGACUUAGACUAGAUAGGCAACAAAAAGACUUCCUUCAUUAAAACAAUUGUAUCAUAAAGACAAUCUAAUAUAACAUUUUAUCAUUUUAUGUCUUACAUUGACAAAUUAGAGCAUGAUGUUAUGCCAGAUUACAAUUAUAUCAAAUAAUUAUUUGCUUUUAUGAUUUAGAGAGCCAAUCCUUCGUAACCCUAGCCAAAAUAAGAGAAUGGGAUAGGACUUUUUGCUUCAAUUUAGAUAAGCUCAUUAGUGAGUAACUUUGAAACGAUAUAAACUUAACUUGAAGAUUUUCAAUUAUAAUAGACAACAGAUGAGAUAAAUGAUGAUAACUUUCUUGAUACAAAUAUUUUCUUGAUCUCUGAUGUCAUUGGAAAAUAUAAUACUAAUUCAAUUAAAUCUAUAAAAGACAUCAAAUAUUAGGAAGAUAUCUAUACUAUAUGA